AACAAGAAAAGUACGUUAGCCACCACUGAUUUUAAUAACAUCACCUAACAAAACACACAAAAACAUACAAAAUCCAACAACGGUUUGCAUACAUCACCACCAUUCCACCACCACAGCAGCCACCAUCGGAAGCUGCCGUCAUCACCACCAGCAAUCAUGGGUGCUGCAGAACCUGGGCUAGAGAGAGAGAGUGAAAGAAGAGAAGAACAAGACCAGGAGCAUGAAGAAGAAGAAGAAGAAGAACAAGAAGAACAAGAAGAGGAAAUUAAUGAGAGGAAAGAGAGAGAUUUGGAGAAAGGAGAAGAAUUGGGUAUUAAAGAAAAGGUGAUAGAGGACAAAAAUAAUGUUAAUAAUAACAAUAAUAGUAAUAAUAAUAAUAAUGGUGAUCAUGAAAAUGAUCAAAGAAAUAAUCUUCAUGUGUCAAUGUUGCAAAGAUUGAACCCAUCAAACCCUUUAAGAAUUGUAAUCAAUAAUUCAACUAGAGUUGCUUCUCCUUCUCCUUCUCAGACUUCUUUGCCUCGCUCUACUCCAAACCCACAGCCAUCAAUAACAACACUCAAUUCAAGAAGGUAUACAAACAAAAUAUCUUUGUUCCUGUUUGUUCUACAUAUGAUUCUAGCUAUUGGGUUAGUAGGUUUUCUUAUAUUCAAGGGAAUUCAAGGACUUCUGGAAGCAUCAGAUUCUGUUAAAAGAAAAGAGAAGAGGAUUUUAAAGUAUUUCCUUCCUCAAGUUGAAGCAGCAGCUUUAUUGAGCAUCACUCUUGCUUGUGUAUGGCAAAAGGCUGUCAGAGUAUGGCCUAGAAUCAUGGUUCAUUUCAUAUUAUGGUGCUCUUUCUUCAUGUCACUAUCAGCUGGGAUUCUCCUAAUUUGCUUCCAGAAGGCUUCAACUGAUGGUGUUGGAGUUUGUCUUAUUGCCUUUGCAAUUGGAAAUGGUUUAUAUGCAUGUUGGGUUAAUCAGAGAAUUAAAUUUUCAACCAAAAUCUUGAUCAAAUCUCUUGAACCUGUUCCAAAAUUUGGGGAUUUAAAUGAACCCACUUACUGGAUGCUUGGGCUUGGGUUUGUGUGGAUGUCACUGUGGAUUUUAGCUGUGGUUGGAGCGUCGAAUUUUCACUAUCCACCUUUGAUCAUUAUUGCAUUAGUAUUGAGCUUGGCUUGGGUUACAGAGGUUAUGAGGAAUGUGGUUAAUUUGACAGUUAGUAGAGUUAUCUCUCUGUAUUAUCUGAGAGGAAUGCAAGCUAGUACUCAAUUUUGUUUCCAAAGAGCUGUGACUCGAAACCUAGGGAGUGCUUGUCUAGGGUCUGUAUUUGUGCCAUCAAUUGAAGCACUUAGAAUUGUUGCUCGGGGUCUGAAUUUACUUGAGGGAGAAGAUGAGUUCAUGUUUUCUUGCGCUCAUUGCUGCCUUGGAGUCAUGAAUUCCAUUUUCAAAAAUGGCAAUAGCUGGGCCUAUGUACAGAUAGCUGCAUAUGGAAAAGGUUUUGUGCAGGCAUCUCAAGACACUUGGGAACUCUUCAAGAGGCAAAAUAUGGAAAUCAUUGUUGACUCUGACAUUACCAGCUCAAUUUGUUUCCUUACUGGAGUUUGCAGCGGCUCCAUUUGUGUCAUUCUUGUGGCUGCUUGGACUCAUACAGUCCAUGAACCCUUUACAGCCACCCUCUCCCUCCUGGCAUUCUUCAUCGGAUACCUCAUGGCCAGGAUUGCUAUGGCAGUGCCACACGCCUGUGUCAGCUGCUACUAUGUUUGCUAUGCAGAAAAUCCUGAGAACAGAUUGUUUGACACAACCAUCAAAGAUCGUCAGGAACGGAUAAAAUCCGGCCACGACGUAGUCGUUCCGACGCCUAGGGUUCCCCAUCGGUUUGCAUCUUAGCUCAUAAGCUAAAGCAAAGACUUGUUUCCUGGUGGUCACAAUUUAAAGAUAAUGUCAAAAAUGUACCAUUGCUAUGAUCACUUUCAAGAGGGGUCCAAAGGCUCGGAUUGAUCCAAUCAAGCUCAAGAUGACUUUAUCCUUCGUACUCAAGGUGGUGAUGGUGCUGGCAGUGAUAAAGGAUGAACAUGAAUGUGAAAGCUAAAGCUAUUAUUGGAUGCUCUUGAACUGAGGGGGGAAGUGAUAUUGUGGAGAGCCCCACUACUAGGAUUCCAAUCAACAACUCUGCAAUGACAAAAGUGUCUUUUUGCGGUUGCCCUUUUGUAUCAUAUUGCAUAUACUUUUAGGAUGUUCCUUAGUUUAAAUAGCUUCACCACAUUAUUUAAUUUUUCAUUACCCUUCUUUUGGUUAAACACCCACCAUUAUUUAAUUUGAUUCUAGUGUUAGUCCUUCCUUCUA